CCAGCCUUGCUCCAGCCCCUUCCUGUGUGUCCUCGCAAUUCCAAACCGAUCUGCAACCCAGGGAGAGCGGGAGAGCCUCAAUCAAAGCCCUCGCCUCUUCUACGCCUUGACGCACCCAAGCCCAGCCGGGAUGGCCAGAUGCGGCUGCGAGCGGGCAUGGCAUCCCUUGGGAGAGGCAACACAGACCAAGGGGCUGGGCAUGGGAAGAAGGGAAGGAUCCCCAUCCUAGGCUCUCCCCACCGAGCGAGCCUCUCCACGGAACAAUAAAAGGGAUCCAUCUCCCUGCUGGGUGAAGCACUGCAGAAUCUUAUCCAGAACCACAAAGUGACGACAUGCAGGAGAGUUAUGAGAAUGUGAUCUCUCUGGCAGAGGAAAUAGCAAUCAGCUGGCCCCGGAUAACUGCAUUUGCUGAAUCACACAGAAGGAGAGGCUUGGCAUCAGUUUCCUUUCCCAGACCCCAGGAGUUACUGGAUUCUCUCGUUGUUCCAGCAGAUGAUGGGAUGGUGGGUGACAAUGAACAUGCGAAUGACGAUGAAGGAGGAGGGGAGAAAGAUGAGGUGACACAACAAGAUGGAGAAAAAAGAGGAGGAGGAGGAGAUGGUGAUGAAGGUGACAUCACAGUUGAGAAGAUGGAUGGCCAGGAGAAUUCAGUGCCAGAAAAGUCCAAGGAGACUCCCAGGUUUGAACAGAAGGCCCAGCCCAGCUCAGAUGAGCAGCUGAAGAAGCCCUUGGGGAAGAAGCAAUGCAAAGCAAUCACUCACCGUGGCUUAAAGAAGUUCUCAACUCGUGGCCACCAUGGAUUGCUAGGCCACAUCAGCCGCUGCCACGAUUGUGGCAAUGGCUUCAGCUUCAGCAAGCGCUCACGGUUGUACACCAGCACAGAGAAACCCUUCAAGUGCAAUGAGUGUGGCAAGUGCUUCCGGCUCAAUUCCACUCUGGUCACCCACCAGCGACGGCACACUAGCACCAAACCCUACCGUUGUGCCGAAUGUGGCAAGAGCUUCAGCGUUGGCUCAGCCUUCAUCCAGCAUCAACGCACACAUUCAGGCAAGAAAGGCAGCACAAGCCCAGCCCGGCCCUGUGAGUGCAAUGUUUGUGGUAAGAGUUUCAGUCUCCCAGCCCAUCUCAUCAAGCACCAAAAGCAACACUUGGAGGACAAGCCCUAUAAGUGUGGUGAGUGUGGCAAGGGCUUCAAUUGGAACUCGCACUUGGAGCGCCACCGCCGCAUCCACACUGGGGAAAAGCCUUAUGUCUGUGAGGAGUGUGGCCGGGCUUUCGCCUGGAGCUCCCACUUGGACCGGCACCGGCGGACACAUUUUGGCAGCACCCAAAUGGCCCUCCCUUGCAAAUGCCGCUCAGUUGAGCCAGACAGUACAGUGAGCAAGGCCAGCAACAAACCCUACCAAUGUGACGACUGUGGGAAAGGGUUUGGCAAGAACGGGGCACUUUCCAAGCACCGGCGGGCUCACCAUGCAGCCGAGAAGCCCUAUGUCUGCAAAGACUGCGGCAAGAGCUUUGGGCUGAAUGGGGCCCUGCUUCAGCACCGCCGGACCCGCCAUCCAGAUGACUCUGCCAAACCUUAUGCUUGCAAGGACUGUGGUAAGAGCUUUGCAUGGAGCUCCCAUCUGGACCGGCACCAGCGCAUCCACGCUGGCGACAAGCCCUACAACUGUGAGGACUGUGGCAAGGGAUUCUCACAGAGCUCCCACCUGGAGCGGCACCAGCGCAUCCACAGGAGCGCCGAGCACCCACCCUGCCACUGCACGGACUGUGGCCUUGUGGGGACUCGCCGGAAACGUCACUGGGGGGCUUUGCUGCCCUGCAAGUGCAGCGACUGUGGCAAGAAUUUCCUCUGGAGGCGUCCGGCUUGCAGCAAGUGUGGGAGAGGUGGCGGGGAAGGGGUGCGCCACCAAAGCACUCAGACUGGCGAGAAGCCCUAUUCUUGCCUUGAUUGUGGCAAGUGUUUUGCUCAGAACUCAGCAUUGGCCAAGCACCGCCGCAUGCACACCGGGGAGAAGCCCUACAAGUGUAACGAGUGUGGCAAGAGCUUCAGCGUGCGCUCCAACCUCUUGAAGCAUCAGCGCACCCAUCUGGGUGAGAAGCCCUACAAGUGCAGCGAUUGUGGCAAAGGCUUCAUCCAGAAAUCGGACCUCACCAAGCACCGGCGCAUGCACACCGGGGAGAAGCCGUACCACUGUGAUGUCUGUGGGAAAUGCUUCAGUGUCAGUUCCAAUCUCAUCAAGCACCAGCGCAUCCACCUGGGAGAGAAGCCAUAUGCCUGCGGGGAGUGCGGCAAGGCCUUCAUCCAGCGCUCAGAGCUCACCAUCCACCAGCGCACCCACACAGGAGAGAAACCCUACAAGUGCAGUGUCUGUGGCAAGUGCUUCAGCCGCAGCUCCCACCUCAACCGCCACCAGCGCACCCACAGCAAUGACAAGGGCUCUGGAUUAGCUCCCGCCACCUUGCUUUCCACCCACACUACCAAACCAGCCACCUCCUUGCCCGUCUCUGCUUUCUCAGCCUCUUUUGCUUCACCCGGCCCUCUCCCUAUGUUACCAUCCUUCCCUUCUUCCCCAUCGCCUCUGCCCAUCCCCUCUUUGGACCUGCCCUGGGCCCUCUCGUUCCCCUCCCGAGGUUUCCCACACCCAUCCUUCCCUUCUCCAGCCUCUCCGGGUGCCCAGGCCUCUUCUUUAAUCAACUAGCUCAGUGUUUCUCAACCUGGGGGUCGGGAUCCCUGG